AUUUUUAACCAAUUAAAUUAUUUUUAAACAAAAAUUUUCAUACUAUUUGCUGUUUGACAUGGAUUCCAAAAAUUUUACGCUCGAUGAACACAAAUUUAAUGUUCAAUCUGGUGUGAAGGAAGAAAAAAGGUUCGAUCAGUAUCAGUUCGAUACAAUGCAACGCAAUCCAUUUGUGCCAAGACGAUCCAAUGUUAUGGCAGCAACUCAGCUGUGCGGCAAUUCUAUGGGAUCAGUCCAAAUAAAGCGUGAAUACGAUGAAGUAUGCAAGAUUGAAGAGAAGAGAAUCAAAUAUAAUGCAAACGUUGAAUUGAAUACUCAAUUCAUGGCUCAAGGCAAUGGAAUUGUCGAAAUGAAUACUCCAUCAUUGCCGAUGCCAAUCAACCCAUUGGCUUCUUAUGACGAAAACCCACGUAUAGAUCAAAAUCAAACGAAAUCAAGCGAAAUUACCGUCGAUAUCCUGUCAUCGCUUGAAGAUAAUGUUGGAGCAUUGAUUGCCAGCAGCAAAUCAACGUGUGAUGCGUUGAACGCCGAAUUGCAAGCAAUGAAAGAAAAGUACGAAAACGGAAAUCCAGUUAAUCAUGCCAAAAAUGACGAAUUGGCCGCUCAAUUGAAGGCCAUGCGUCUUGAAGCCGAAAGCGUAUGUCUCGGGAAAAUGGAACGAAUGAAAGAACAAUUCCAAGCCGACUUUCACAAGAAGCUGUGGGAUUAUCAAGAAAAAACUGAAAAAGAACAUAAUCGCCGAGUGGCUGAAUUGCAGUGUAAUCAUGUGAUCGAGAUUGAAAAUGGAAAAGAACAAUUCAACGCACAAAUGGAACGCUUGAAAAUGGAGCAUGCCGAGCAAAUUGCCGAGAUGGAACGUGAUAUGCAAGAUUUGAUCCUAAAAAAAGACACGAUUGAAGGUGAACUGACCGAUAAAUACAAAAAGAUCGUGAUCGGUAUUCGAAGAACGGCCGCAGCGGAACGGGCACAACUCGAGGAAAAAUCCAAAGCAACAAUGCGGUGCAUUUGCUGCGGUGAAGAUGGCAAAGAAAAUCUCGUGUGCAGCAAACCAUGCGCACAAAUGUGGAAUGCAUGGAAGAACAUGGCAGACGACCAAUAAUUGACUUGGCAUUGCUCCAGUUUUACAAUCAUAUAAUACAUCAAUAAAACUGCAUUAAUUUUAACACAAUCAUUCAAAUGAUAA